GAAGGGCCCGCCCCUUCCGAGGAGUUUCCCAAAACCCAGCGCGGCAGUCUCAGCCGCGCAAGAUGGCGACUCCCAUGCAUCGGCUCAUAGCUCGGAGACAAGCUGAAGCAAAUAAGCAACAUGUAAGAUGUCAGAAAUGUCUAGAAUUUGGACAUUGGACUUAUGAAUGCACAGGAAAAAGAAAAUACCUACAUAGGCCUUCAAGAACAGCAGAACUAAAGAAAGCUUUAAAAGAAAAAGAAAACAGAUUAUUAUUAUUACAACAAAGCAUUGGAGAAACUAAUGUAGAAAGAAAGACGAAGAAAAAAAGGUCUAAGAGCGUAACCAGUUCCAGUAGCAACAGCAGUGACAGCUCAGCCAGUGAUUCUUCAUCCGAGAGUGAAGAAACAUCUACCUCAUCCUCCUCUGAGGACAGUGACACCGAUGACAGCUCCUCCAGUUCCUCAUCCUCAUCCUCCUCCACGAGCUCUUCCUCGUCCUCUGAGUCAGAUUCGGAUUCCAGCUCUUCCAGUAGCAGCAGCACCAGCACAGAGAGCAGCUCGGAGGAUGAACCACCAAAGAAGAAGAAAAAGAAAUAGAAUUGCUCCAUGCCUAUUGGACUGCCGGACUGAGAACGUUAAUGCGAUUCUUGAAAGGGAACUUAGAGUAGGUUAAGGCCGAAUAGGAUGCCCAGUCAGCAUUUCUAGAGUUGAGAGUUUCUAAAUGUUUUACACAUCAUAAGAGCAUAAAGAGUAUUAAUUAUGGAUUAUAUAUAUAAAAGACUUUUAUUUUAAGGGUAAAUCUUGUUUUUCUUUUUAAUCUUUAAUAUAUAUAUAUCUCUAAAAAUGAAAGCUGAAUCCAGUAAAUCUGUUUUUGUGAUGAAACUUUCCUUUUCUCCCUGUGAAAUAAAUGCUGUGCUUUGUUAUAUGUUAGCGCUGUGCGUCAGACAUGUUUUCAGGGUGAUGCACUCAGGACCUGGCAGUGAAUUUCUAAUGCUUUUGGCUGUAUGUUACUAUGUAAGAUUUAACACCUUGUUACUAUAAACUUGGAAGUUUUCCUCUUAAUAAAUGUGCUCUGUUUUUAUGUUUAUGUUCAUAAAGUUAUUCUGACUCCUUAUCUUAAACGAAAAGCUCAAGGAACCCAUUAAUAUAUUUAUGCCUUUUCAGCA